AUGUCCAACAACAUGGCCAAGAUUGCAGAUGCUAGAAAGACGGUCGAACAACUGAAACUGGAGGUCAACAUAGAGAGGAUGAUGAUAUCCAAAGCAGCAGCUGAUCUGAUGGCAUAUUGUGAUGCUCAUGCCAAAGAAGACCCCCUGGUGACUCCAUUAACUGCUGAGAACCCGUUCCGAGAAAAGAAAAUAUUCUGUGCUAUACUAUAA